AUGAGGGGGGGGAUGGACAAUAGCGGGAGGAUGGGUAAAAAAUGGGAGGGUAACGAUGAGGAGGAGGAGGCGGUGCAAGAGGUGGUCGGGACGAGCCGUGUGGAAGCCCGAGGGAAGAAUGGGCGGGAGAGCAACAAGGUGGAUGAUGGAUGGGCCAAGAGUCAUGGAAGCGUCAACGGAACCCGAGAGAAGAGGGGAAGCGACGGGAAGCAACAAGAUGGUGAAGCUGAGGGAGGAGUCGUGCCCGCGCGCGGAGAGACCACUGACAUUGGCAUUUGCAAUUGCGGGACGGGAAUCGGGAGACCAGGCGUGGGAUGCUGCGCUGUCAUGGAGACCUGGGAGUCUGGGACUGCAGCGAGUGCACAUGGGACUGCACAUGGACUGCACAUGAGCCGUGCGCCGCCGCCCGAGAUGGCACGAUGUGGGCUCCCUUUUGGAUGUAGUGAGAGCCGGGUCCUUGGGAGGGGCAAGACCAGACCGUUACCGCGCUGCCAGGGCGGAAAGCAGAUGGCGGAUAGUGGAGAGACGCUUGAUGGCGAUGGCGAUGGUGGUGAAUGGCGGACAUGA